AUGCUGACCUCAACCCCAGCCACAACCCCAACCUCAACCCCAUUGCUCUAUUGCAUCAGGUGGUUGCAAGAGGCCAGGCGACAAUUCCGGCCAAUCAGUAGAGGAGAGACAAGGUCAUCCUCCACCUGGCCAAUCAGACGCCUGCUCAACAGAGAACCAAUCACAAGCGCAUACAACCAAGGUCCAAUCAAAGGCCGACUUGACAAGGGACCAAUGAGAGACGAGCUCACUUGUGGUGUUGCCGGCGGCGGCGGCGGUGGCGGCGGUGGUGGUGGUGUUGGUGGUGCCAGCACCAUCAGCAUUAUCAUCAUCAUCAUCAUCUUAUUCUUAGUCUUAUUCUUCUUCAGCAGCACAAAAGUCAACUUUGCUGCUUCAGAACGGACACAGGCUAGUGGGAUAGUUGAGAGCAGAGAGAGCGAGAGUGAUAGAGAAGAGGGCAUGAGACGUCAUGUGACUGUUGGUGUGUGGCGCGUCUUGGUGUUGCUCGUGGUCGCCCGUUUGCUCGUCUCGAGUCUGGCGCCUGGCGACACGGCAAGCGACGCGACGCGACACGCUUGCUCGAUCACGGGCGACUUGUGCGUCUGCGAGACGACGUCGACGAGGACAGACGGCGACGGCGACGGCGACGGCGACGGCGACGGCGAGUCUGGACUGGACGGCGAGAGUAUGUUGGUGGUGCGGCUGGUGCGUGUCUGUUGUCAACCGGGCGUGCAACGCUUGCGUCUGCGUGGCGCCGGCAUCGUCCGGUUGCCGGGCGAGCUGUUCGCUCGAGCCGCCUGCCACGAGUUGCGCGAGUUGAGUCUCGAGGCGACCGGCCUGACGGCGAGGGGGGCGCGCCGUCUGGCGUCCGGCGGCGCCGCUUUUGUCGGCUUGCCCAACCUGUCGGUGCUGCGGGUCUCGGAUAACCCCGGCCUGACGGCGUAUCCACGCGCCGGGUUCGCCGGCCUCAACGCCAGCCUCGAGGAGUUGCGCUUGACCGGCAAUCCGGUCACGCACUUGACCGGCCACGAGCUGGCCGGAUUGGCCGCGCUGGGACCUGUCGUCGCGUCCGGAUUGGUCGGA